UGUUCGUUCAUAAUACAAAAUAUGAAGUCCUUCUGGAAUCAAAGCCGCAAGUGAUGUCCGAGGAUGAUGUCUUGUUCCCUCAUCUGCAGGUCCUCCACUGGACCUCGAUUCCAGCUGACUGUCUCGGAAUCUUCCAUCGCCUUGUCGGACCGUCGCUGGUGGACUUGCAUAUUUUCAGUUGUUUGUCUGCGGAUGCCACGGAAUAUGCCAAGCUAAUUAGCCAAAGGGCACCCGGUCUUCAGCGGUUGGAGAUGGAGAUAUAUUCCGACAGCGAUUCGAAGCAUCUUCUAAAGGUGAAGCGGAAACCGAAGCCGAAGCCGCAGACGAUGUUCCAAGAUCAAGUCCUCUUCCCGGACUUACGUGUCCUUCGUUGGACUUCGCAAUGCUCCGAUUCUCCAAAACUCUUUCGUCAGCUCCUCGGACCGUCGGUGGUGGACCUACAUAUCCUCAAUUCUUCGCUUGCGAAUGCCAGGGAGUACGUCAAGAUAAUCAGGCAAAGGACGCAUGGUCUGCAGCGGUUGGAAGUAAAUUUGGAUCACAACGACCAUUUGGAGCCGCUUCCGGAGCUGGAGCUGGACGGGAUGGAUAUCAACAAGUUAAAAACCAACUGCACGCUAUCCGAGGAGGCAUUCUUCUCAUUGGCUACCAUGACCCAUCUUACCAGUCUCGAGCUCGCCGUUCCCGAGGAAGGUUACGCAGAGGUUCCCAAGGAAGGUGAUGAAGAUACUCCCCAGGAAGUUUUCGAAGAAGUUCCUGAGGAAGAUCACAAAGACGUUCCCGAGGAAGUUUACGAAGAAGUUCCACACACGUCCUGCUUCCCCGCGCUGCGAUCUCUCAGGCUAGAGACGGAAGAGCUCGGGAAGCACUGUACAGCUCUCGUCAAGAAGAUGAGCUCUAGCAACCUUGACAGUAUCUCCGUCGACGUCAAAAAUGAUGUCACGACAGACAUGCUCGAGUCCUUCGUCCGCGAGCUUGUCAACUAUCCACUGCGCGAAUUCAGUCUCGCCUGCACCGCUUCCAACAUAAGACAUGAUCAUGAUGACGGCUUGGACAUUGCCGAGGCGACUCUGCACGCUCUGCAGCCACUACUGCAGCACCGCGCGAUGACGUUGCUGGCCAUCAGCAUAAACAACCUGAGAAUCACCUCGCACCUCCUCUCUGCGCUGGACAGCGCCUAUCCCGCACUGAAGAUGCUGCUCUUGCACACCGAUAGUUCGCACUCGCCGGAAGUCGACAUCUUGUCCACCCUCGCCGACAGCUUCCCCUCUCUCAAGGAGGCUGACAUUUCUGUCACCGAUACGUGGAAGCUCCUCACCCUUCCUCGGGACUGGCAGUCCCACUCUAAGCUCUCGACGCUUCGUGUUGUCAACACAAUUUGGUAUUGGGUGUCUGACUCGAAGGUUCUUGCUUACCUCAAAGCUCUUUUCCCUCGUGCGUACAUAGGUCUUUCAUAGUCAUCUAGAUGAGGCGGGGCCAAUGCAUUCCAAUCUCUUGCAUGCUGCGCGCUGUGCUCUGCGGUCGCUCUAUCUGCAUCGAUGAAGUACCUCUUCAUUCGCCGUCGUCUGACUAUGCAUAUGCAUACGACUGAGGAGCUGAUGUAAAUAUGUAUAUAACAGAGUAUUCAUGGCGAUGGCUAAAGG